CCUCGGCGGCGUUUUCAAGCGGCGGCGCUGAGGGAGCGACAAAAUGGCGGCCCCUGAGGGAGGAGGAUGAGCGGCGGUCGGCAGCGCACUUUGCCUCAGAUCUGGCGGGCGCCCGAGGGCAGAACCGAAAGGCAGGGCUCGGGCGACGACAGCGACGAUGACUUACUGUUGGCAGCCGCCGCCGCCGCGGCGGACCCCGUGCCCGUGGAGGGCUUCAGCGAGGCGGCGGGGUCCAUAUGGAUCUACCCCACCAACCUCCCGGUGCGGCCGUACCAGGAGCGCAUGGCGGGCGCCGCGCUGCUGGCCAACACCCUGGUGUGCCUGCCCACGGGGCUGGGCAAGACCUUCGUGGCCGCCGUGGUCAUGUACAACUUCUACCGCUGGUUCCCCUCCGGCAAGGUGCUGUUCCUCGCCCCGAGCAAGCCGCUGGUGGCUCAGCAGAUGGAGGCGUGCGCCCGCGUCAUGGGCAUCCCCUCACGGGACAUGGCGGAGAUGACAGGAGGAACCCAAGCCCUGGGCCGCCGGGAGCUGUGGAAUACCAAGAGAGUGCUUUUCCUUACCCCUCAGAUAAUGGUCAAUGACCUGUCUCGGGGCACCUGUCCCGCUGGGGACAUUAAAUGUUUGGUUAUUGAUGAAGCCCACAAAGCCCUUGGGAAUCAUGCCUACUGCCAGGUUGUGAGGGAACUGAGCAAAUACACCAGCCAGUUUCGGAUCCUGGCCCUGAGUGCCACCCCAGGCAGUGACACCAAGGCUGUGCAGCAGGUUAUCUCCAACUUACUGAUCGCUCGGAUAGAGGUGUGUGCUGAGGAUUCCCCGGAAAUCCAGCCUUAUUCUCACGAGAGACUGGUGGAAAAAAUUGUAGUUCCACUUGGGGAAGAGCUGGCAGGAAUUCAGAACACUUACAUCCAGGUGCUCGAGGCAUUCACUGGCCGACUGAUCCGAAUGGGAGUUUUGGCCAGGCGGGACAUUCCCAACCUGACCAAGUACCAGAUCAUCCUGGCAAGGGACCAGUAUAGGAAAAACCCCUCUUCACAGCAUGUGGGAGUCCUCCAGGGCGUCAUUGAAGGGGACUUUGCCCUCUGUAUCAGUCUGUACCAUGGGUAUGAGCUGCUGCUGCAGAUGGGAGUCCGGUCCUUGUUCAUCUACCUCUGGGGAAUUAUGGAUGGAGCCAAAGGGCUGACCCGCACGAAGAACGAGCUGGGGCGUAACGAGGACUUCAUGGGGCUCUACCAGCACCUCCAGGACAUGUUCUCAGACAUGGCUGUGGCUCCAGACACUGCAGGUGUUUGCAGGAGUAACACAGCACUGGAUAAGAAAAAGGAAUUCAUCUACAGCCAUCCAAAAUUAAGGAAAUUGGAGGAAAUUGUAAUAGAACACUUCAAAUCCUGGAAAAAUAGGUGCUCUGAGCAGGAGGGGAGUGAAGGCCCCUCUGGGGACACCAGGGUGAUGAUCUUCUCCUCGUUCCGGGACAGCGUGCAGGAGAUUGCGGAGAUGCUGUCCCGCCUCAGCCCGGCCGUCCGGGCCAUGACGUUCGUGGGACACUCCACAGGCAAGAGCACCAAAGGCUUCACCCAAAAGGAGCAGCUGGAGGUGGUGCGGCGAUUCCGGGAGGGCGGCUACAACACGCUGGUGUCCACGUGCGUGGGGGAGGAGGGCCUGGACAUCGGGGAGGUGGAUCUGAUCGUGUGCUUCGACGCCCAGCGCAGCCCCGUGCGCCUGGUGCAGCGCAUGGGCCGCACCGGCCGGCGCCGCCACGGCCGCAUCGUCGUCAUCCUCGCCCAGGGCCGCGAGGAGAGGACUUACAACCAAAGCCAGUGUAGCAAAAGGAGCAUCCACAAAGCCAUUUCGGGGAACAAAACCCUUCAUUUCUACCAGCACAGCCCACGGAUGGUUCCAGAAGGCAUCAACCCCCAGGUGCAUAAAAUGUUUAUCACUGCUGAGAAGUACGAGCCAGGCAACUCCAGGGUGCUCUGCAAAGAGAGGAGAUCCAGCUCCCUGCAGCACAAAUCUGCUCCCUUUUCCUGUGUCAUUGGCCAGAAGCAAACUGUCUCUCAUGAGAACUGGUCCCUGUCACCUGAGGAAUAUGAAAUAUGGGACAGACUCUACAGGAUUAAGGAGAGUGAUGGAAUAAAGGAACCGGUGUUGCCUCAAACUCAGUUUGCAACCUUAGAAAACCUGGAAGAAAUACCAGAGAAGGAGCAGGAGCAGGGGGCAGUCCGGCUGCUCUCCCUGUGCGAGUGGAGCCUCUGGCAGAGCCAGCCCUUCCCCACCGCCCUGGUCGGGCACUCGGAGCCCUGUCACCAUUUCAUCAGCCUCAUGGAAAUGAUGGAGCAGAUGAGGCAGGAGCAGGGAGACUGCGGCUAUGGACGGGAGCUCCAGCCCCACCUCCGUGUGGAAGAUGUAAAUAUUCCAAGGAAUAAAAGGCAUCUCCACACAGCCAACUCCAGCUGGGGUCAGAGAGCACGAUCCUCCAGGAAAGACAUGGCACACUCAUCCAAAAGGAAACCAUUCCUGCCUGAUGGGGGUGAUAACGAGAGUGAACUCUUCACCACCUUUAAAAUAACCAAGCCAAAGCCUCCCAGAAGAACUCCUGGAUCCAGUGUGGGAGCGGGUCCUUCGGCUUCUGCCUCGGGAGGGAUUGCUCUGGAUGAACAGCCUGACCAGGACACUGAGAGGGACGAGGAGCUGGAGGUGACAUUUGACUUAAAUGCAGUUAUCGACCUGUGUGACAGCAGUGACAGCACUGACAUUGCUGACAGUCCAGCAGCUCAGGGAAACAAACCUGCAGGCAAAGCUCCUGCAUCCCUGGGGAUGCUCCCUGGGGAUUCAGGGUACGAGACAUCCCCAGUGUCCUCAGACCUGUUCUAUCUCCCCGAAUCCUACAGGGAUUCACUCGGGACACCGUCCCAGGAGCCUCCUGGCUUACAACUGACAUUGUCCCGUGUGCAGAGGCUUUUGUCACAGUCCCCUCCCCCCAUUCCCUCCUGGAAUGAACUCGAGGACUUGGAGAACGUGGUGAGGAAUGAGGAAGCAGUAUGUCCUGUCCCAGAGGUUAUCCCCGAGGGUCACUCCGUGGAACUGCAGGACAAAGCCUUCUCCGUGUCCUCAGAAGCUGAUCCUUCACUGCUGCUCGUGGAAAAUCCCAAACUGAACGUCCCCAGGGAAUUCUGUGCUCCAACAAGUCCCCAUUUGUCCAAAACUGCCUCAUCUUCCAAGGCUGCCGUUGUUGAAGAGGAGCACGCCUGGAAUGACAGCUUUGAUGGGCUGUUUGACAACGAGGAAUUCCCUGACAUCCAAGGGAAGCCUCCAGCCACAAACCCCCCUUCAAACAGGCAUUUUGCGCACAGAGACACCGAAGGUGGUGUUGGUGGAGAGCAGAGCAUCCAUUUGUUUGAGGAUGAGCCUGGGGAUGGCACUGGGGACGGCGGGUUAUCCGUGAGCGAGGAGCCUCCAGCCAGGUCAGAGCCAGGUGGGAACGUCAUCGGGACAGAUGGAGAGGGGGGAUCCAAGGGGGCUCCCUCAGAGAGGCCCUGUGUGAACACCAGCAGCUGCAGGGAGCAGCCCCAAAGCAGGAAAUCCAUGGAAACUCCUGGAGUGCCCGAGCAGGGCCUGGAGAACGAGGAUCUGUCCAACUGUUCCCAGGAGCUGUUCUCCGUCACCUUCGACCUGGGCUUUUCCAUCUCAGACAGUGACAGUGAACCCCCUGAGGAGAACAGGAACACCGAGAGCACCAGCAAAGCAAACGCUGCCUCGGGGAGGGGGGCAAAAUCCACUGAGGAUGGAGAGAGAUUCCAGAGCGAUGGUGCCAGGCUGGAAACCUCACCAGAACGGGAUUGCAGAGUUCUGGGGAGAAGAGCCAUUUCCACACCACUGCCACUCCAGAGCAGGGGCCUGAGUGACAGGGAAGGGCCAGAGCCUGCUCCUGCUGCAGUGCCUUUCCUCAGGUCAGGAGGCAGGAGAACGGGAAGGGCAUCACCUGAACCUUUGCCUUUGGCACUUUCGACCCCCGUAAGCAGGAAGGGUGGGAAUGUCCAAGCCAUCAAAAGGAUUCCUAGGAAAGUCUUCUCCAGUGCCAGGGAGGAGACUCCAGAGGUGCCUCUUGGAGGUGAAGUCCCUAAAAGCUCACAUGGGCAGAAGUUUGGGAGUUCAGCUGUGGAUUCCCCGUUAGGAAGAACUGCAGAGCUGGAAGACACCGCCCUCCGUGGAUCCCGGGUGUGUCCUGCUGCAGGAACCAGCAGUGAGAGCGAGGAGGAGAUCGUUUUCCAGAGAAAAAACAGGACGAAAAAGAAUGUUUUGAGGUCUCCUGAUGGGAUGGACGACAGUGACUUCGAGCCCCCCCAGCACCACCUCACCAGGAAGCGCCGGCACCCCCUGAGCAUGUCAGAGUCCAGUGAUGACAGUGGGGAUUUUGCCCAGAACUGGAGCAGGACCACGAGGAGCAGCUCCACAGCCCGGAACAAACUCCGGCCAGGACGUGCCAAGCGGGUCAGGAGCAGUCCCACAUCCAAGGCUGCAGCCAGGCAGUUCCUGCAGGAGGAGGCAGAGCUGUCCCAGCACGGCGCAGAGGGGCUGUCCUCGGACGAGAGCGACGGGGCCGAGGAUGAGCUGAGCUCCUCCAUGGCCCAGUUCCUCAACGACGAGGGGGAGGUCACACAGGCCCUGAACGAGUCGGAGAUGCAGGCGCUGUACCUGGAGUCCGUGCGCAGCCCUGCCCUGGGCAGCAGGAGCAGGAACGUCCGUCGGGAAUUCAACAGCUCGGACAUUUUCUCACAGAUUCCUGAGCAGGACCUGGAGUACAUGGAGGACAGUUUCUGUGUGGGGGAUGAGGAGGAGGAAGGCUGCAGCCAGAGUGGGCCCAGUGAGAAGGAGGAGGAGGAAGAGGAGGAGGAGGAGGAGCAGUGUGUGAGCAUCAGUCUCCUCCCCAGGGACAGUUUCCUGGCUGGUCCAGGCCGGUAUCUCACCCGGCACAGGACGAGACUGAACCAGGCCAGGCCGGAGCACAGGAGGAAACCAUCUCGGAUCAGGGUCAUCAGUGACUCCAGCGAGGAGGAGACAGCUGUCAGCAGGGAGGAAUCCAUGGAAGGCUGUUCCAGGGCAGAGCAGGGCAGUGCAGAGUGCCCCGAGCCCCCUGCACAGCACAGCAGUCGUGCUGGGGCCAGCCCAGCUCCUCGGCCUGGGGAGCCUCCCCCUGAGCACCACAGGGAGCUGCUGCUUGGCCUGGAGCCUCUGGUGUGUGAGAGGCUGGAUCUGCACCCAGACCAUCCCAACAGGAGCACAUCCUUCUCACCAGCUGUCCCUGGCUCUGUCCAGGCUGCCAGUGAGUCCCUGGGUGAUCUCCAGCCCUCGAAGGUGAAGAGCUCCUGGAAGAGCCCCUGUGGGAGCACCUCAGACCCAGCAUGUCCUGCAGCCACAGCCCCCUCCCCAGCCCUAGCCGGGUUGUGCCGGGACCCUGCAGGGAGAGGCCCUUCCCUGAGCAUCCUGGCAGACAGCAGGGAGAUCUGCUGUGGGGCACAGGUGAUCUCCUCCCUCAGGGCAGUGCAUGGGCUGCGGGUGCAGGUCUGUUCCCUGGGCAGCUCCGACUACAUCGUCAGCACCCGCCUGGCCGUGGAAAGGACCUUCCAGUCGGAACUGCAGGGCCCUGGGAACAGGAACAGGCUGAGCCAGCGCCUGCAGCGCCUGCAGGGCCUGUUCCAGAAGGUCUGUGUCAUCCUGGAGACAGACAGGACCAGACCAGGAGACGUGUCCCGUUCGUUCCAGAGGACUCAGUACUACGAUGGGGUGCUCUCAGCCCUGGUCCAGGCCGGCAUCCGCAUUCUCUUCAGCUCCUGCCAGGAGGAGACUGCUGUUCUGCUCAGGGACCUGGCCCUGCUGGAGCACAGGAAGGGAGCUGCCAUCGGGGUUCCCACCGAGCUCGAGGGGCCCCGGCGGGACCUGCUGGGCUUCUACCUGAGCAUCCCCUGCCUCAGCUACGUGGGGGCCCUGCAGCUCUGCCACUGCUUCAGCUGCCCCCGCCAGCUGGCCAACAGCUCCCCCUCGGCUGUGGCUGCGGCGGCGCGGCUGAGCCCGGAGCGUGCCGAGGAGAUCCAGCGGUACCUGCGCCACAGCUUCGACCCCCAGCUGCUGCCACAGCCCCCCCGGGCCGGCGGGGAGGGCCCUGCAGCCCCCCGGAGCUGAGGGCUGGGACUCGGGCCCUGCACUGCACUUUACUGGGGUUGGUGUCCGACCCAAUAAACCCUUCCCAAGCACCGGGCUCUGGGAGCCGCG